AUGGCAUCAAUGCAGCAUCAUCCGCAUCACGCGCCGCAAGGUCAAGGGCCUCCACCUCCGCACCAUCUCCAGCAACAACCGCGACCUUCGAGUAUUGUGCAUCAGCAUCAUCAGCAAGCUCCUCCCCAACCACAACACUCUAACGCGUAUCCUUCUGGACACGCUAUACCUCAAUAUCCCCAUACUGCGACAGGACCUGGUGGUCAACAUCAAGAGCUUCCAUAUUACCCAACACACCCAAGUCCUUACAGCACACCAAGCGCAUCUGGCCCAUAUUCAUCAGCAGGUCCAGAAACCCCAGACAUUAUGGCGGCUACACAACAUAUGGCUCGAGCUCCGUAUCCUCCGAUUUACCAGACUCCCCAGUCCAACUCCCCUGCCUCUGUCGCCUCGCCUGCACAUGAAAGAAUGUAUGCGCCGUCUGCACAGUUGCAGCAAAACCCACAAAUGUAUUACACUGGGCCACCGCAGCAACAAUAUCCUCCACCUAUGCCCCAGCAGGGAGGUCCUUCCCCAUAUGCGCAACAGCAGCCACCACCACAACAACAGCAGCAACAUCAUCAGCAGCAGUCGAUGACUUCGCAGCCAACACUGCUCAUGUCACAUCAGACAAAUCAACAUCCAAUGCAACAGCACCCUAAUCAGCAUCAACAACCGGGUAUGACUGGGAGUCCAAGAACGAAAAUGGAGCCACACGUCCCACAAAUUGCACGCCCAAAUCCACCAUUAGGGCCCCAGCAAUCUGCAAACGGUACACCUCAAAUGCAGCCCAACAAUGCUCCAGGGAGUGGCAGCAGUGGUGUUAACCCCAACGCUGCGCCAGGUCCAAUUCCAGCAACCACCCCUCUCGUUGUGCGACAAGAUGGUAAUGGAGUUCAAUGGAUUGCAUUUGAAUAUUCGCGCGAUCGUGUCAAGAUGGAAUAUACGAUCAGAUGUGAUGUCGAGUCCGUGAACGUUGAGACCCUGUCCCCUGAAUUUAAAACGGAGAAUUGUGUUUACCCGAGGGCGUGCUGCAGCAAGGAUCAAUACAGGGGAAAUCGAUUGGUAUACGAAACGGAGUGCAACACUGUCGGGUGGGCCUUGGCAGAAUUGAAUCCUUGCCUACGUGGCAAACGUGGAUUAAUACAAAGAGCGGUCGAUAGCUGGAGAAACAGUAACCAAGAUCCAAGAUUGAGAAGUCGAAGAGUACGAAGAAUGGCUAAAAUUAGCAAUCGUAAAGCGGUUCAAGCGGCUACCUCGCACAACCCUCACAUGACUGGUCCUAGUCCGACAGGGAUGCCACCAUCUGCGAACAUGGGCCCCGGUGGUGCGGGAAGCAUGGGUAAACCCAACCUUAGCGGUAUGGGUGGUCCACAGCUUCAUCACCACCACGCUCAUCCCGAUGGAAGUAAUCAAGGAGGAGAAGAAGUCGGUGACGAAGAAUAUAUAGACGGACACACUCACCAUCACCAUCAAGCUCCGAAUAACCAAUCUGCCAAUCCAGUAGAUGAUGUGCGACAGAACCAAGCCUUCCCCGGCUAUUCCAGCAACUACCCUUCAAAUAUGUCAGUAGGCGGGGCUACCAUGGCUCCAGGUGAUAAUGGCGGGCGUCCUUUGCCUAGUUCGGCUCACCCAAUUGCCGCACAAUCUAAAUCCGACGAUGACGACAGCGUUGAUGUUUUUGGCAAUGUUCCUGAAACCAAAAAGCGUAAGUUUCUCUUGGUUGAGGAUCCCUCUAAGCAAAGUCGUGUUCGUGUCCGCGUUACCUUGGACACGGUCGAUAUCAAUGAAAUUCCAGAUUCCUUUCGAAAGAGCAACUCGGUCUACCAACGUUCUUGGUUCCCAUUGGAAAUGCAAUCACGUCCUCCAUCGGCGCACGGCAGUCGAUUCUUCGAAGAGGAUGAUACCGAUGAUGAAGUUGAUGGAGGUCGAGGUCGCUCUCGACGUGGCAGAAAAAUGUUUUCUGUUCAAUUGCCAGACGGCAACGAAGGCGAGAUUCCGGUUCCCCGAAUGCGCAAACCUCAGAGAGCUUUGGAAGUCAAGCUCAACGAUUUGGGAUACAGAAUGGCUUGGCAUCAAAGUAGAGUCUUCGCAAACAAGGCAAUCUUCUUGCAAAAAGCUCUUGAUGCGUGGCGCAACAAGGUCAAAGAAAACAUCGGCAUUGCAGGAAGAGAUGUCACUGCGAUCCCUCAUUUCGACACUCGUUCUGGAAAAAGACGUUGGCUAGAAAGCGCCAAGAAGCGCGAGCAAGAAGAAACGGAAGCCUAA